AUGAGUGUUGUCAAUAUUACUAACAUCCGAGUUCUCAAUAAUCCAACUCUUUUCACCGAUGAUUAUCAGUUUGAAAUCACUUUUGAAUGUAUUUCACCACUACCAGACGAUUCGAUUUACGAUUAUCAAGAAUCUGAUUCUGUUCAUAAUUUCCUUACAAAAAUAUCAAAUUCUACUCUAUAUGAAAGCGACCAAUAUGACCAAGUUCUUGAUUGCAUUAUGGUAGGACCUGUUCCAUGCGGAAUCAAUCAAUUUAUAUUCCAGGCACCUGCGCCAAAUCCCGAUCGAAUACCGCAAAGCGAACUCUUGGACGUUACGGUUAUCAUCAUUACAUGUUCUUACAAUGACCAAGAAUUUGUUCGUGUCGGGUACUACGUAAAUAAUGAAUACAUUGAAGAAGAACUUCGGGAGAACCCGCCAGAAAGAGUCGUGUUAGAUAAGUUAUAUAGAAAUAUUUUAGCUGAUAAGCCCAGGAGAUUUAUUAUAUUGAAAGUUCCUCAAUAUAGUGAAGAUAAUAAGUAA